AAAGACGCCCAUGAGCUACCAGGUGUCGUCCGUCUUCCUGCAAAAGUUCUCGCCCAAGGAGAUCCACGAGCUCAAGCGCGUGUUCAAGGAGCACGACCGCGACUAUGCUGCAGCUGUGCCCGUAUCUGAGCUGCACACGGUACUGCAGAAGCUGGGCGAGAAUGUGACGCCCAAUCAGACUACAGUCAUGCUGCAACAAACGAAGCUCACUAGACCCGAACAGAUCACAUUCCAGGAGUUCUUGGAACUUGUGCAUGAUUUCCGCAAUGGAGCCAUCGCUCUAGACCCCGCGCUGCUCAUGGGUCACGCAUCAGUGGCCCCUACACCCGUCGCACAGGUUGUGCAGACCCCCGCAUCGGCUACUCCUGAGCCCACAGCGACUGUGGAGACAACGCCGUUCUUUUCUAGUCAAAAGACAACCAAUCAGAUGCCUGAGCCGACACCACAAGCACCAGUUUUCGCUCAGAAAGCGCAAUGGCCACCUGUAGGAACCCCCACGACCCCAGUAGCGACUGCAGCGCCUGUUGCAAGCAAGCCACAAUGGCCACCUGCUGCCAACCAAGCUACGUCAUGGGGACACACACCAUCGUCAGCUCCACAGUCUGCACCUUCAAAUGCGCCGCCCACACAUGCAAAGCCGCGAUGGCCGCCUGGACCCAGCGACUCAACGCCGCCUGCUGUGUCUGCACCUACACCUUCUGCGCCUGUUUCUUCUACUGCAACUGCAAAGUGGCCGCCCGCUGGCGAUAUGAGCCCCACGAAAUCUCAGUGGCCUCCUGCAGGGACCUCACCUAGCGCACCCAAGAGCCCUGUAUCUAAACCUCCGAAGAGCCCUGUAUCCUCGAAGCCUCACUGGCCACCGGCUGGAAACGGAUCUACGAAGCCCCAAUGGCCUCCUAGCUCUCCCUCUCCUGCUCCCGUCGCUUCUUCUCCUUCAGAAGCCCCCAAACGCGCUCAGUGGCCGCCUGCAGCCAACACGCCACCGCCUCCUCCAGUAGUUCGUACGCCUCCUCGUUCUCCCGUGAAGCCGACGGCCGCCCCACCGUCACCUGUAGCGGAGUACGUGGGUGGCGUCGACGCACACACGUUGAGUGUGCUACAGCGUCGUGCCAGUGCAGCGGCGCAGUACAACUCAACAAUCCACGAGGUCAAGGGCACUGCAGGCGGUCUCCACUCGUACUCGGAGGAAGAGACGGCUGCCUUCACCGAGCAUAUCAACAACACGCUGCAAGCAGACAGAGAUGUGGCGUCGCUGAUGCCUAUCAGCAUGGACGCGGGGCUGUUCCGAGCUGUGUGCGACGGAGUGCUGCUCUGCAAACUCCUCAACCGCGCUGUGCCCGAGACGAUCGAUGAGCGCGCGCUGAACGUUGUCAAGCGCGCGAGAGAGCUCAACGUGUACCAGAAGACGGAGAACCAGAACCUGUGCAUCAACGCCGCCAAGAGUAUCGGCUGCAGUGUGGUGAACAUCGGUCCGGACGACCUGAUCGAGGGCAAACCCAUCCUCGUCUUGGGUCUGGUGUGGCAGAUUAUCAAGAUCCAACUCACGUCGAGUAUCAACCUCAAGAACCACCCAGAGCUGAUGCGUCUGCUGCUGGAUGGAGAGACGUUGGAGGCGUUCAUGAAGCUCCCGCCGGACCAGAUUCUGCUGCGGUGGAUGAACUACCAUCUUCAGGCUGCUGGGCAUAGGAAGAAGGUGACGAACUUCAGCUCCGACGUGCAGGAUGCGACGGCGUACAGUGUGCUACUGCAUCAUAUCGCGCCUCAGCACUGCGAUGUGUGCGCCGAGUCCGUCCCGGAGGAACGCGCCGCCCACGUGAUCCAGAACGCGCGUCGGCUCCAGGUCGAGACGUUCAUCAAGCCUCGCGACAUCACGAGCGGCAACCCGAAGCUCAACAUGUCGUUCGUGGCGCAGCUGUUCAACACGUGCCCAGCGUUGGAUGUGGUCGAAGAGGAGGUGAAGCAACUGGAGGAGAUUCUGUACGACGACGUGGGCGACACGCGGGAAGAGCGGGUCUUCCGUCUGUGGAUCAACUCGCUGGCCAUCGACGACGUGUACGUCAACCACUUGUACUCGGACUUGAGCGACGGCAUGAAGCUGCUCAAGGUGCUGGACAAGAUCCAGAAGGGCCUGGUGAGCUGGAACAAGGUCAACCUGGUGGCGCCCAACAAGUUCAAGCAGGUGGAGAACUGCAACUACUGCGUCGUACUGGGCAAGCAGCUUAAGUUCUCGUUGGUGAACGUCGGAGGCGCCGACAUCUUCGAAGGCGCCAAGAAAAUGAUCCUGUCCAUUGUGUGGCAGAGUAUGCGCUAUCAGCAGCUCAAGAUCUUGAGCAAGCUGGCGGCCGGGCGAGGCGAGAUCACCGACAAGGACAUCAUCGGCUGGGCCAACAACAAGGUGCAGCAGAGCGGACGGGCCAAGGGCAACAUCGUGGCGUUCCGGGACCCCACGCUGUCCGACGGGCUGUAUCUACUGGACUUGGUGCACGCUGUGGAGCCGCGUGCGGUGAACUGGGACAUGGUCUCGCAGGACAAGACGGACGACGCCAAGGCCAGCAACGCCAAGUACGCCAUCAGCUGCGCGCAGAAGAUCGGCGCCACGGUCUUCCUGACGUACGAGGACAUCGUGGAGGUCAAGCCCAAGAUGAUGAUGACGUUCGUGGCCAGUCUCAUGCUCGUGGACCAUCAGCGCGCAUAA